AUGUGGCGCGCGCAAGGGCAGCUGACCGAGGCUUGGCACGCUGCACGCAGAUUCAGGCAGCCUCGAGAGCCGCAACCCUCGCAUCUCUCGCAUCUGCCUGCCAGCACCUCCCCGCCCACAUUCACCACCACACGGAAAGACUGUGCAGAUGCGCAUGUACUUCUCGCCCGUGAUACACAGAACAAGCAGCAACGAUUGAUGAUGUUGCUUGAUGGAUACAAGACAAGCCAAGCCACACAAGCGCCUUGCGCAGAUGCAGCACCUCCACCUGCGCAAUGA